GAGUCGGAGGAGCCCCAGCAAUCACAAGAACCCCAUGCCUUGAAUGCUUUGGGGAACCGAACAGCUGUUCAUGCUGUGCGUUCUUCCUCUGGUCGCAUGGCCGGCGUUUCGAGCAGCGGCUACAAGAUGCUAGACGAGAGUUUUAAGAUUCGGUGGCAGGGUUCCACCGCACGAUCAGGCGCGGGAGGCUCGCGGGAGUCGCUUGUUGCGCUUGUGGGUGAGGCAGCUCAUCUGGUAGCUCGCCCUCCCCUGCAGUGUUUGUGUCGCUCCUGUGCUGCGUUCCGCUUCAGGCGGCGCUCGAAGUGUUUAUUGCCUCCUAACCCCUUUCGGGAAGUUCAGCUCCAUGCGGCACCAUGCGCGCCAGAUGCGACGGCGUGCAGGCGUUGGACCACAUUCCCGCCGGCAUGCUGCGCCCUAGCUCCCAGUUUCGCACCGGGCACGAGUUGCCCUGGUGUGUUUUUUCGCACCCCGCCAUCGUGA